AUGGACCCUUCAGCUCUCUUUGCCACUCUUGAUAACCCAGUGCCCACCAGCACCUGGGCUGUCUCCAAGAAGCGGGCGUUGGAAAUCGCAUUGAUGGCCAAGGCGGAUUUGGAAACUGUCCAAAGAUUCUAUGAACUCUACCCAGCAGCCUUGAACAAACGUCUGUUCCGCAAUGUCCUCAAAUCUGGAGCCAAGCCAGGAGUGGUUGGCUUUCUUGCCACGAAAUGUCCAGGAUUGGUUGACAAGAAGGCUUUUGAGAUGGCUGUGGUUCAAGGACCAGGACCCGAUAGACCCACUGAUGAGGACAUCAUUACCUUCGCCCAAAUCAAUCCAGAUCUGUUGGUUCUAGAAGGACCAACAUUUUAUUUUUUUUCAAUUCCUUUGCGUUUAGUCUUGUCCUGGAAAUACAGCCAAGAGUUGACCCAAACUCUCUUCAAAAUGCUUGCGGGAAAGACGCGACUAUCGCUAUGGUUGCCCCAGAACAUGAUUUUGGAUUUAUCCAGUGUUUUUCCCUGGGUUGUCAUUGAUGAAAACUCCACCACAAAACGGACAGCACUUGAUAUGGAGGCAGUGAUGGGUAUGGCACCAGUGCUGGACAGUAAGAGUAUCAAGGGUUUUGACAGUUCCUGCACCGCAUGGGAACUGGAUGCCUUUUCGGAAUUUGUCCGCCGUCUUCUUUCCAACCAGAGCAUGAGGGAACUCUUUCUGAAGUUCCCAGAAGUCCCACCAGAAGAACAAGAACAAGGGAAGUCAAUGUUGUUCAACACAGAUGCAUUCAAGGAGGUGCUGUCACAGUGCAAGAUCGAUCAUGUGGUAUUGCAUUUGGGUCAAAACAAUCCUUUGGCUCUUGGCUUCCUGGGGAAUUCCCUGGGAAGCAUGCCCUGUCUGAAGAACCUGAGCUUCCAUGCGGCCACUGAUAUUGCUUUUGCUUCAGCAACACCCACAAUCUGCCAUUCCCUCAGUCGCAACUCUCUGUUGGAUCGCAUAACUAUUUAUGCAGAAAAUGGCACGACUACAACCGGAUUGGAUCCAAUUCUCAAUUCACUGGCAACCAAUCAUACCCUUCGAGCAUUUAGCUACAAACAAGGGAAUGCGGACAAUUUCACAAGAUACCAUGAGGUUCUAGUCAACAUUCUGCACAAACACAAUACUACUCUUGUGUUUGUCCGCUUCUAUGAUGGUCGCAGCGAGGAAAACCCCAGUGGCAACCUCUGCAGCAAACUCCAUCCCAGUGAAGACUUGGUUGCUUUUUACAUAGGUCUCAAUCGGUGUGGGCGCAAGAAAGCAUUUGACCCAGCAACCACGAAAGCCGAAUUUGUAGAGCUGUUGGUGAAAGCCCCAGUAUCCUGGAACCGGGUUGACCCACCCUUGCAUUAUCACCCAGACGGAAGUCGUCGUAUCGGGGACAUCUACGACGAUCAGGCACCUGUCCUAGCUGCUGCUGAUGUCAAAGAUGCUGAUGAAUUCAACAUUCUCUAUGGGCUGUUGCAUGCGAAUCCAGCCAAAUGGAGCCUACACGUGUGA